AUUUAAGUGUUUGCUGUGAUUGUGUGGCUCCGAACAAAGAGACUAACGCGAAGGAAUCAAACAGUGGCAUUUUGAAAGCUAAUGUUGCUUCGUAUCUUCCUUUUAUUGGUCGACGUUUUGAACUUGAACACUUCUUCAUCAAACUUGUCAAAAAGACUGGUCCCAACGUAGAGACAGACAAUGGAACUUUCGUGUUUCAAUUAAAUUUCUCCACCUUAAAUAGAUAUAUAAUACCACAUGGGUUGAUCACCGUUCAUAAUUGUAUUUGCUUGCUUAAUUAUUGACAAAACCAGAGAGAAAGAUGAAAAUGUUGAACAACAGUCUCAUGCUCCUUCCUCUCCUGGCGUUGGCUUUUGCAGCAGUCUCGUCCCUCCAAUACAGUAGACAUGACUUCCCUCCAGACUUUGUCUUUGGCUCUGGCACAUCAGCUUUUCAGGUGGAAGGAGCUGCCAACGAAGACGGGCGAACUCCUAGCAUUUGGGAUGUUUUAGCUCAUGCCGGACACUCCGGAGUAGUAGCUGGAGAUGUUGCAUGUGACCAGUAUCACAAAUACAAGGAAGAUGUGAAGCUCAUGGCAGACAUAGGAUUGGAGGCUUACAGAUUUUCCAUAUCAUGGUCAAGGCUUUUACCAAGUGGAAGAGAACCAGUUAAUCCCAAGGGUCUACAAUACUACAACAAUCUUAUAGAUGAAUUGAUCUCUCAUGGAAUCCAGCCACACGUUACAUUGCACCACUUUGAUCUUCCACAGACCCUAGAAGAUGAAUAUGGAGGUUGGCUCAGCCAAGAAAGCGUGAGAGACUUCACAGCUUAUGCAGAUACUUGCUUUAAGGAGUUUGGAGAUAGAGUGUUACACUGGACUACUAUAAAUGAGGCCAAUGUGUUUGCCCUUGGAGGGUAUGACCAGGGUGUAUCACCGCCUGCUCGAUGCUCUCCUCCAUUUGGAUCCAAUUGUUCCCAUGGAAACUCUUCAAUUGAACCUUACAUUGUCGUACACAAUCUGUUGCUUGCACACGCUUCUGCAACAAACUUAUACAAGAAACAGUACAAGGUUCUUCUCUCUGCUUUUAAAUUUUCUGUCUUUCGUAUGCAUUGCAUUGUCUUUAGCUCAGCCAGUAUCUCCUCUUCAUUCAUUACACAGUACAAGCAACAUGGAUCAGUAGGCAUUAGCGUAUACGCGUACGGUACUGUCCCUUUAACUGACUCUGUGGAGGAUAAGCAGGCAACAGCUAGAGUGAAUGACUUCUACAUUGGUUGGAUAUUACAUCCGCUGGUGUUUGGGGAUUAUCCUGAGACGAUGAGGACCAACGUUGGGUCAAGAUUGCCAGUUUUUACAAAGGAGGAGUCAGAACAAGUUAAGGGCGCGUUUGAUUUCGUAGGAGUGAUAAAUUACUUGGCAGUUUACGUCAAGGACAACUCUUCCUCUCUGAAACCAAAUCCUCAGGAUUUGAUCACAGACACGGCCGCGGAACUGACCGUGUUUGGAAACACAUCGCUCGAGAAUGAGCAUGCAAACGCACCAUGGAGUCUGCAACAAAUACUUUUGCAUAUCAAAGAAUCUUAUGAAAACCCUCCGGUCUACAUCUUAGAGAAUGGUCAGGUGACUUCUCACAACUCAUCACUUGAGGACACAACGAGGAUUGAGUAUCUGAGCUCAUACAUUGAAGCAGUGCUUCAUUCACUCAGCAGGAAAGGAUCGAACGUAAAAGGCUACUUUCAGUGGUCGUUGAUGGAUGUGUUUGAGAUAUUUGGUGGGUUCGAGAAGAGCUAUGGAUUAUAUUACGUGGACUUCAAGGAUCCUUAUCUCAAGAGGAUCCCUAAACUCUCUGCUCACUGGUACUCUUCCUUGCUCAUGGGAACACUGCACCAGCCAUCGCAUGCUUCAUCUUGAUCAUUCGAUUUCAUAUAGCCUAAUCAAUCAAUCAAUAUACAUAUAUAACCAAUAUAUGUUAAAAAUAGGUGUUGUUAUAUAGUUACUUUGAUCGAAGAGGAUGGAUUAGUUCAAUACAAUUCCAAGUUCAUUGGUCAUGACAAUUCUUUAUUAUUUCUAUACUAAAAAUCGAUCUAUGGGAUUAACAUAAGAGCUGGAAUUGGCGUGUUUGACCUAGAUAUCGCGUACGAAGCAAAGACAUGACACAUUCGUAUAAAAGCCAUACUAAUAACUUUUUAUUCUUUAAGUGUCUUUUGCAUUUCAAUUACGCAAGAGACGAUUGCUUUCUUGUCAAACAGUAAAGCUUAGGCAUUCAAAUGUAUUUAACUUGUU